AUAAUGGGACAGAUACUGUACAAUGAUGCGAUGUCUAUAUAAGUCUAUGGUUGCCACUGGUUGAUGAUGUAAAUUGUAGGCGCCAGUCAAUUCGCAUCGACCGUGAUGGCGACGAAUCAACCAAAGCGAGGAAGUGAGAACGAUGAUUGCUCUUUUCUCCCUUUGGUUCAUGACAUUAUAAAAUGCAUGGACAAAGAUAGUCAAGAUGUCCAUCAAGAACUGGUCAAGUUUAAGACAAGGAUUCAUGAAGCGCGCGAGCAGAUCGGAGCCAUGCCCGGAAUUGACAUGAGCCUGUCCGAGCAGCAGCAUGAACUGGAGACGCUGCGGGAGCAAGUCCGCACCAAGAAUCAGCUACUGCAGAAAUACAAGAGUUUGUGUAUGUUUGAGGUUCCCAAAGCGUCGUGAGGGAUGUUUGACAGUCCCAAAGAAACUAACUGAAUUCAGGAGACACUUGGAGAGAAACACACAUGUACUGCAAAUGAUAUAUUUUUAUAUUUAGAGGACUGAGAAAAUGACCAUCCAUUUGAAAUCGUGAGAAAUGAUCUUGUUUAUAUGGAGUAUUUUUGGGGGAUUCCAUCUCUUGGCUCCGUGUUAUCUCAUGUGCCUUUCCAACCUAACAACUCGUGCAGUAUAACUUGAACUCAUCCCGUUUGUCAAAACCACCAGAAAACAUUUUAUUUCACUAUAACACUACCUUCAGGCAUUAUCUUGUUGUUUUGUAAACUGUCCCAUUUUUACUUUGUAAAAAAUGUAUUAUCCAUACUGAAUUAUAAUGCCCUCGUCAAGUUUGUAUAUGCAGUGGAUUCUUAUUUUAGGUCAUGGUUUUGUUGGUGUGCUAUAAAGAUUGAGUGCUGCAGAUUCCCAAUGCGGUAGGCCUAAAAUAAACCUUU